AGAAGAGGAUCAACACCUCCUUGCACAUGUACACCCUGCCCAUCACCCAGGCGGGCGAGACCCUGUCCAUCCACUUUGUCUGGCACCAGAGCGACCGCGAGGGCGCCAUUCCCUUGCUCUUCCAGCACGGCUGGCCAGGCAAUUUCCUCGAAGUCCUCCCCCUCAUCGACGAGUUGACCUCCCCCUCCAACCCAACCAGCCAAGCAUACCAUGUCGUCGCCCCCUCGCUCCCCGGCUUCGUCUUCUCCUCGUGUCCGCAGUCCCCCUCCUUCGGCGUCAACGACAUCGCCGCCGUCAACCACCAGCUGAUGCAGGCCCUCGGCUACGAUACCUACCUCGCCCAGGGAGGCGACUGGGGCAGCAUCGUCGUGAGGAUCAUGGGAGCCCGCUACCCGGCCCACUGUCUCGGCGUGCACGUCAACAUGCUCGCUGCCGCGUUGCCCAGUUUCUGGACGAACCCCUUCCACCUCAUCUAUCUGUUGGUCGUCUGGGCGCUGUUCCUUCAGCGCGGCGCCGAUUCCACUCUCCGACGCUUGAAAUGGUGGCGGAGUGAGGAAAGCGGUUACGCAGAGAUCCAAAAGACAAAACCGCUCACCAUCGCCGCCGCGCUCGUCGAUUCCCCGAUCGGCAUGCUGGCGUGGUUGUAUGAUAAACUCCAUCCCCUGGUCGACGACGACUUUGUCUGGUCCCCCGAGGAGCUCAUCACUUGGUCCAUGAUGUAUCUCAUCCCGGGCACCGCCGGCCAUGCCCUGAUUUAUACCAACAUGAGAGACGACCGCGUCAAGGAGUACGCGGCCAAUCUGCACUUGUCGCCCGACGUCGAUUUCGGCGUCUCUUGUUUUCCACGGGAUGUCUAUAAUAUCCCCCGGUGGUGGGCAAGUGCCUCGGUCUCGAAGAAUAUUGUCUUCUGGCGCGAACACGCCAAGGGAGGCCAUUUUGCGGCCCUCGAGAAGCCUCGCGAGUUGAUCCAGGACAUUCGCGACUUUACCUCUGCCGUUCACCCCGUUCGAAGGACAACCCUCCUCUCCAGUGGCAAGUUGAAGAAGUAACCUUUCAUACUCAGUGAUUAUCAUUAUCUAUACAUAGUGAACAUGUAAAUGUAGAUGGCAUUCACCUCGUCAACCUCAUCGCCCCAGACGUAAACGCCUCUAGAAAGUCUUCCCUACUCGGAGGAUGAUCCAGGUCCAUCGAGUCAUCAGCUGCAUCAUCCACCCUCACCUCGAAAUCCAUGCACAGCGCCUUCGUCUCCGCCGACAGCUC